GGCGAUAAUCCGAAUCUGUACUUCCGAAACGACGACGUAAUCUUGUGCGUUUUGCCGCUCUUCCAUAUUUACUCGCUGAAUUCCGUUCUCCUCUGCGGAUUGCGCGCCGGCGCCACCAUUCUGAUUUUGCCUAAAUUUGAGAUCGCUUCUCUGCUUCAAUUGGUACAGAAAUACAGAGUGUCCAUCGCGCCGGUGGUUCCGCCGAUCGUUCUCGCCAUCGCGAAGUCGCCGGACCUCGAUAAAUACGACCUUUCUUCCAUCAGAGUUCUGAAAUCCGGCGGCGCUCCGCUCGGGAAGGAGCUUGAAGAUACCGUGAGAGCUAAGUUUCCGAAGGCAGUGCUCGGCCAGGGAUACGGAAUGACAGAGGCCGGCCCGGUGCUAACCAUGGGUUUGGCGUUUGCAAAAGAGCCGUUUCCGAUGAAGCCAGGUGCCUGCGGCACCGUCGUCCGGAACGCCGAGAUGAAGAUCGUCGACACCGAGAACGGCGCCUCACUUCCCCGAAACACGCCGGGAGAGAUCUGCAUCAGAGGCGAUCAAAUCAUGAAAGGCUAUCUGAACAAUCCGGAGGCGACGGUGGCCACCAUAGACGCCGACGGAUGGUUGCACACCGGCGACAUCGGCUUCAUCGACGACGACGACGAGCUUUUCAUCGUCGAUCGGUUGAAGGAAUUGAUCAAGUACAAGGGAUUCCAAGUCGCGCCGGCGGAACUCGAGGCUCUGUUGCUCACUCAUACGGUCAUCACCGAUGCCGCCGUUGUCCCAAUGAAAGAUGAACAAGCUGGAGAGGUUCCGGUUGCGUUUGUGGUGAAAUCGAAGAGUUCUGAAGUCACUGAAGAUGAAAUUAAACAAUUUAUAUCAAAACAGGUGGUGUUCUACAAGAGAAUCAACCGGGUGUUUUUCAUUGACGCAAUUCCCAAAUCGCCCUCCGGCAAGAUCUUGAGGAAGGAGUUGAGGGCAAAAUUGGCAGAUGUUUCUCCUAAUUCUAAAUAAUUCCCUAUUUCUCUCUCUGAAGUUUUUAUUUUGCUCCAUAUAAUGUACUCUACCUGUUUAAACCUCUUCAAAUAUCUCAAUAUAUACUAAGAAAAGUUAUAAGAUCUAAUUUCAACUUUA